GAAACGUCAAACAUGAGAUACGUCUUGUCUUGAAAACAAGACUAAAAUCAGUAAAAUCACAUACGCCUUUUCCUUAUUUAGGAUACAAAGUUUCUGCUUAGUCUUAAUUUAUUAUGAUACCAAUGUUUUAAGAACAUAACUUAUAAUGGCCGCAACGACAAGAGCGCCCGUGUCGCAGAUAUUGCGCAAUAAAGACGAUGCUGGUGAAGAAGAUGAUGAGCCUAAAAAGAAGUCUCGUGAGGACUGGCGGAAGGCUAAAGAACUAGAAGAGGCUCGAAAAGCUGGUACUGCACCCGCUGCCGUCGACGAAACAGGGAAAGACAUAAAUCCGCACAUUCCGCAGUACAUUUCUUCUGCACCAUGGUAUUAUGGGACGUCGGGGCCUACACUCAAGCAUCAGAGGCCUCAGGAAGACAGGGAGGCGCAGUUUACCAAACUUGACACGUUUUACAAUAAGGGUGUUGACACAACCAAAGUAGCUACCAAAUUCAGAAAAGGGGCCUGCGAAAACUGUGGUGCCAUGACACAUAAGAAGAAAGAUUGCUUAGACAGGCCCAGAAAGAUUGGUGCUAAAUACACAAAUGCAGGCAUAGCACCCGAUGAGUUCAACCAACCUAAUCUGAACCUCAGCUACGAUGGCAAGAGGGACAGGUGGAACGGAUAUGACGCCUCGGAACACAAGGCUAUCAUUGAAGAGUACCAGAAAAUUGAGGAGGCUAAGAGGGAACUGAGAGCUAAGAAGUUGGAGCAAGAUCCAACAGCAGUAGAAGAUGAUGAUAAUGCAGAGGAGGAUGAAGACAAAUAUGUGGAUGAAGUAGACAUGCCUGGUACAAAGGUGGAUUCAAAGCAGCGCAUCACAGUGCGUAAUCUUCGUAUCCGAGAAGACACGGCUAAGUACUUGCGUAACCUCGACCCGAACUCUGCCUACUACGAUCCGAAGACCCGGUCCAUGAGGGACAACCCUAAUCCAGAGACUGCUGAGUCAGACUACACAGGCGAGAAUUUCGUCCGGUUCACGGGCGACACGCGCUCGCACGCCGCCGCGCAACUAUUCGCGUGGGAGGCGCACUCUCGCGGCGUCGACGUGCAUUUACUAGCUGAACCCACCAAGCUGCAGGUGUUGCAGCGCGAGUACCACGACAAGUUCCAUAAGUUCAAAUCGCAGGUGAAGGAAUCAGUCCUAGAGAAGUACGGAGGCGAGGAACACCUGAAGGUUCCGCCAAGAGAGCUACUUCUAGCACAAACCGAGGUGUUUACGCAGUACAACCGCGAUGGAACCGUCGCCAACGGGCCGGAGAAACAACUUGCCAAGAGCAAAUACGAGGAGGACGUGUUAAUCAACAACCACACGUCGGUGUGGGGCUCGUACUGGCGCGAGGGCCAGUGGGGCUACAAGUGCUGCCACUCCUUCAUCAAGAUGUCAUACUGCGUGGGCGAGGCGGGCAAGUCCGUGGUGCUGGAGGUGAAGGACGCCGACGCGAGGGCCUCCGCCUCCGCAGCUUUCUUUAAACAACCAGAAGAGAAGAAGAAAGACAAGAAAGAAAAAGAGAAGUCCGAUUCAUCAUCAUCAUCGUCAAGCUCGAGCAGUUCGGACUCGGAGUCCGACCACCGCUCCAAGACCGAGAAGACGAGUAAGAAGAAAAAGAAGAAGUCUAAGAAAAAGAGGAAGAAGGACAAAAAGGAAAAGAAGAAGGAGGAAGACAAAUUGAAAAAGGCAUUAGAAGCAGAAGAGAGGCAUCAGAAGCACGCGUCGUAUUUGUUGUCUGUGGACGAGCGCAAGCGGCCCUACAACAGCAUGUACGAGGCCAAGGCGCCCACGGAGGAAGAGAUGGAGGCCUACAGGAUGAAACGGCAGCGCGAGGAGGACCCUAUGAGCCAGUUCAUGUGAAUAGCGACUAAUUUAUAAGGAAUAAAUAUUUACUGUAAAUCGA